CACAUCCGUGCGUCGUCCAGGAAUGUUUGGACCAAGUAUUCUCAACGGCCUCCCAUGCUGGGAUGGCCCGUCGAUGUUCGUGAACAAAUCGGAGACGUGCGCGACGCGCAAGCUGCUGCAGUGUCGCGACCUUGGUAUCUACAUGAACGACGUCUGGAGCAAGUUCCAAGGAGACAGCAUCCCUGACCUGCCCAAGGACCACUUCGACGAGCGUCAACGCGUUGUGAAGGCGGUGGAGAAGUGGUCUGAGGGGCACGAAGGAUAGGGGUCGACCCUCGUGCCUAAGAAUGAGUGGACACCUAUUCUGUACAACUUCGAGGCAGCGAAAGCCUCUGCGAGGCGCAACCAAGACUGGGGACAUCUCGUCUUUGUUGAUCUCACUUUAACGGAGAUCCUGCUCGUGAUGUGCUUUGGACCUGACGAAGACGGGCACGGUAAAAAUGCUCACGCCCACUACUUCACCCUUACAAAGUACCAUGCAGACCGCUUCAUGUCGCUGCUGAAGUACAUCUUCCAUGACGAACCUAAGCCUAAUUGGUAUAUGCUCGGAAUGUCACUUGUAUGGUCGCUAAGACACCAACUAUUCGCAGGGUUCGAGCGACGUACACGACUUUCACGACAUCGAUCAGCCCACGACGAGGUGGUUGCCCACCAGCCUCGUCCCAAGCUCCUGCACUCGACGCGGCUCUGUGGCAAGUCCGCUGAGGUUUGUGGUAACUGUGACGAGGUCGCUACGGCGAAGAUGCUCCAAUGCGGCGUGUGCAAAAUCGUCCGGUACUGCGACAAAGUAUGGUGCGCUUGCUGAGGAGGUCACUUCGAUAGUACCAAUCGCUUGCGUAUCUACGGCUGCAGCCAAAGGGCUCACUGGCCGAUUCACAAGCAAUACUGCAGGAAGCAUCGUGGCUGAGACUCUAGUUUCUCGAUACUGCUUCCCCAAAUUUC